UAUGGCGAACCGUAGAAUGUUGUGUAAUGCGGUGCAGUGCGCAUGCGCAGUGGCGAAAUGCUAGCUCGUCAGUCAAGGCGUGUGCUAUAACCUCUUUGUUGUAUUUUAUCACUUUUUUUACCACUCCUAUUACACACUUUAUCAAUCAUUCAUCCUUAACGUGCGUGUAAAGUGUUGUGAUUGUGUGAAAAUGUGCAAAGUAGAAAUGCUGAGAGUGUUGGUGAAGCAGCGACUAACUGCUGCUGUGGAAGAAAUAUUUGUAGUGUUAGAAAGAACCAUAGCAGAAUACGAGGAGGAACUUUAUAGAAGAAAAGAGGAGAACGAGCGACAACGUCAACUACUGGACGCUCUUUUCCAACCGGAAGUUGUGUUGCGCAGAACAGAAUGUUUCCCCCCCGAGCAGCAGGGGAGGAGCGCCAGGUUGGAGCAGGAGGAGCCACAGCUCCCCCGCAUCAAAGAGGAAGAGGAGGAUCACAGCAUCGGUCAGGAGGAAGCUCAUUUUGGAGGACUGGAGGAGUUCCCUGUGAAGAGUGAAGGAGAUGAGGUCACAGGUGAAAGUGAGGAGAAGAGAGAGGCGGAGAGACCAAGCAGCAGCUCAGCUCAACACAUGACAACAGAAGCUGAUGGUGGAGACUUAGCUCCACUUUCAGAUAGUGAGCACACAAGGUCUAAAGUCCGUGUGACGAUGGACGCCGACAACACGCGCUUCAGAUGCCAAUUGUGUGACAAAACAUUUUGCAGCAAGAAGAAUCGUAAAGAACACAUGACUUGUCACUCGGAUGAGAGACCGUUCAUCUGCUCGGUCUGCGGCAAAGGAUUCUCCCGCAAAGGCAUCUUGACGAGACACACCAGACUGCACACGGGGGAAAAACCGUACAGCUGUUCAGUUUGUGGCCAACGAUUCUGUCAGCAGUCGAACUUGAUAUCGCACACGAGAAAGCACACGGGCGAGAAACCCUAUUCCUGCUCGUUCUGCCACUCGUGCUUUAGUAAUAGCUCCAACUUGUACCGACACACCAGAAUACACACCGGAGAGAAACCUUUCCUCUGCUCGGUGUGCGGGAAAAGAUUCUCCGUUAUGGGACGUUUGCGAGCACAUAAACGGUUACAUGCUGGUGAGAAACCCUCGCUCGCCUAACCUCGGCCCAAUCUGCAAAUGAGGUUGUGUGGAGAAAUCUGCAAUGGCUAAAAAAACACGAGAACUCACACGUUUAGGUUGCCACACCUAGACCGAGGGUGGGAAAGACAGGCUGUUUAACCUCUGAAGACGAGGCACGCUUUGCAAACCUGCAGCUACACGCAGAGCAAGGCCACAAGCAGAACUGGUACUGCAAGCCUUCAUUUGGGGUCUUUUGCCGUAGUGGUCCAAAGAACACGUUUAAGGACUUUGCCAAGCGUUCUAAGGGAGGCUGAAAGGGUCAAGCACAUCUUGAGUGAAAGAAGAUGAUCUGAAGGCACGAGACACCGAGACAGCCGCUCUGACCGAUGAUGAGGACGUGGCCUGCCAAGCCAUCAGAGCACACCUGUGGCAGACGUAGGGUAAAUAGUCGAGCUCCUUGUUCCCCACAAGACGAGGAGGCGACUCCUCCAAUGGAUCCAUGGAGCGAUGAGGACGGAGUACAGUGACCCCGCCCGGCUUUUGCUGGCCGAGGUGACGGAGAGACGCAGAACGCUACAAACGCGAUGCAACGGUCACGCGGUCACAGCGCAGGAAAGGGAGGCCAGGCUGCAAGACAGACCUUUGAUUGAUUGAAACUUUUAUUAGUAGAUUGCACAGUACAGUACAUAUUAUUAGUAGAUUGCACAGUACAGUACAUAUUAUUAGUAGAUGUCACAGUACAGUACAUAUUAUUAGUAGAUUGCACAGUACAGUACAUAUUAUUAGUAGAUGUCACAGUACAGUACAUAUUAUUAGUAGAUUGCACAGUACAGUACAUAUUAUUAGUAGAUGUCACAGUACAGUACAUAUUAUUAGUAGAUUGCACAGUACAGUACAUAUUAUUAGUAGAUUGCACAGUACAGUACAUAUUAUUAGUAGAUUGCACAGUACAGUACAUAUUCCGUACAACUGACCACUGAAUGGUAACACCCCAAUACGUUUUUCAACUUGUUUAACCUCUUAAGGCCCAAGCUGUUUGUUUACAUGCUUUGUUUAUUUAUCUUUGCUAUUUGGGCUUAUUGGACCCUAGCUAGAAUAAAAACUAAGAAUCAUCUUUUGAUAUGAUGUACUUAGUCCAUAAGUACAGAAACAUGUACUUCAUGUUUGGUGACAUGCUAAUUCUUUUUUUUCCUAACCCCAUUGUAUGUUAUACUCUUCUGACACCACCAGAUGGCAGUAUAAGUGUCCACAUAAGCAGCCAUAAGACCCCAAUUCAGUAGUGUACACCAUUUUGGAAAUAAGAGCUAAAAGGUGCUGUCCACGCUUGUGGCCACUAAGCCUUUAGAGGUUUUAAGUCGGGGUCCACCUUAAUCAAUUCAUGGUAUUGAUGAUUCAAUUCAUGGCCACAAACCUUCAGAGACGGCGUGAAUGGCUAGACUUGGUUUGAAAUGCUUGGCCAUGUCUUGCUGGCCAUACUAUUGAGGUAUAGUUGUUAGUUUAGUGCUCAGCUGUUUUUGUUCGAAGUUUCUUCUUCUACAUCUUCCACCAUUUAGUGAUAGUCCCUGUGUGUUUACCAACCUUUUGAGGGUGUGUCUUUAAAGUUGUGUUAGUACAAAGUAGACGUUUACGGUACACCGGUGCAAGUAUAGUACCGCGAUACUAAUGAAUCAUAUUUGGUACUAUAGGGCCUCAAAAAAAGUACUGGAAACUGGAAAAUGACACAAUAUGUUACUGCAUAUGUCAGAUAACUAAUUAGGAGUCUUUGUUUGUUUACUUACUACUAAAAGACAAGUUGUCUAGAAUGUUCAACAUUUUAUUUAAGGACAAACUUCAAUCAAUCAAUCAAUGUUUAUUUAUAUAGCCCCAAAUCACAAAUGUCUCAAAGGACUGCACAAAUCAUUACGACUACAACAUCCUCGGAAGAACCCACAAAAGGGCAAGGAAAACUCACACCCAGUGGGCAGGGAGAAUUCACAUUCAGUGGGACGCCAGUGACAAUGCUGACUAUGAGAAACCUUGGAGAGGACCUCAGAUGUGGGCAACCCCCCCCCCCCUCUAGGGGACCGAAAGCAAUGGAUGUCGAGCGGGUCUAACAUGAUACUGUGAAAGUUCAAUCCAUAGUGGCUCCAAGACAGCAGUGAGAGUCCCGUCCACAGGAAACCAUCUCAAGCGGAUCAGCAGCGUAGAGAUGUCCCCAACCGAUACAGGCGAGCGGUCCAUCCUGGGUCUCGACUCUGGACAGUCAGUACUUCAUCCAUGGUCAUCGGACCGGACCCCCUCCACAAGGGAGGGGGGGACAUAGGAGAAAGAAAAGAAGCGGCAGAUCAACUGGUCUAAAAAGGAGGUCUAUUUAAAGGCUAGAGUAUACAGAUGAGUUUUAAGAUGAGACUUAAAUGCUUCUACUGACUUGGGAUAAGAAACAUAUGUUUCAUGUACGCAAAAAUGUUUUGUUAAAAUAAAGCCAAUGAUACAAUUUUUUUGUAGUCCUCUUUAUUUAGAAAAGUAUCAAAACACAUUUUGGUACCGGUACCAAAGUAUCGGGACCACUUUAGUGCACAGUAUGCUAUUAACUAAUAGUAUUUUAUGUACAGUAAUUACAUUACAAGACUGUCAGACAAUGGCAAAUAAUUAAAGAAGCACCCACACAGUGCUCUGAAAGUGUGUGAUUACAUAUUCCAAAGCUUAUAAAAUUCAUAUAUUUAAAAAAAAAACAACAACGAUAAAAUGUAUAGAUUCCAAAAAUAUUUCUAGAUUUUAAUUACAUAAAUAUUUGGAAGUAAACGACUCUUUAUUUUUCACGUUAUCAUAUAUGGUAUUAAAUAAUAUAAUACAAAAACUUUAGUUUUUAAAGCCGUUGUAUGCAUCAUUUUUAUCACAUCUGUCGAGGUGUCUCGCUGUUUAGUUAUAGUAAAAAAAACUAACUAAAGUGGCCACAGGAUGGCAGUGUUGCACUUUAAAGUUGUUUUCCAAGCAGCAAAAGAAAGCCGAGAAUGAAAGCUAAAAUUGCGACGUGAUUACUUGCCAUGUUUUUGUGAUAAUUGCUGCCUUGUUUUUCUAUGUUUUGUUCGCUACAGCGCACUAAGAGUCCUCAGUUAGUUGAUUACAGAGAGUAGGAAAAUAUCAUCAGGACUCCUCUUCCUCCUAUCCAGGAGAUGGCAAAAAGCCGCUGCCUGACCAGGGCUCAGAAAAUCUGCAGAGACUCCUCCCACACCCACCAAUUACUGUUUUCAGUGCUGGAUUCUAGAAAGAGGUUCCGCAGCCUCCGUAGCAGAACCUCCAGGUUCUGUAACAGCUUCUUCCCUCAGGCCGUAAACUUCUUGAACACAUCAUAAUAAUGCCUUUUAAUUCCCCCCAAAAUGGAUUAAGUGGCUGGAAUAUAAAGACAAUAUAUUAUACAUCCAUUAAUAUCUGUACAGUAAACUAUUUAUUUAUAUCUGCACCUUAUUGAUCUUUCAACCUGCACU